AUGAGUGAAGAAGUGAUAAAGAUGUGAAUAGAAGAAGUGAAGUCUAGAUUGUUAUUCCAAAGAGUGCUUAAACAUUUAAGUGCUUGACAUCAUUCUUAAAUACUUGAUAUAAGAGUCCAAAGUGUCUAAAGGUGCAUCAUUUUAAAUUGUAUUUUUUUAUGUAUUCAAAUAUGAUGUUUGAGAUUUGUAAAUUUUUAUUCUCAUAAUUUCAUUGCUAAGAGACUAGCAAUGAUUUAAGUUGGGGGGUGAAAAAUUUGACGCGACUUAGUCGUUGUAUAUUAAAUCACACAAAUCUAAAAUUUAUAAAACUAGAAAAUACGAUUUUUCGGAUAUUUAGAAGUAUUUCUGAACAAAUAUAUCAAUUAUAAUUCAAUAAAACUUCCAAAAAAUAGAGAUAAUUUUCCAAGUCGAUCAUAGGGAUGUAAUAUAAUAUCUGGUAAUUAUUCAGAAUUUUUUCUCAAAGAAUACUAUUUUAUAUGAAUUUUAUACUAAGAAAUGAAAAGGAAAUAUAUUUAAAAUUUACAAAAUAGGGAAAUAAGGGUGCGGACGUCAAGAUGACAUCAGCACCCGGCGAAUGCGAAUCGGGCGGAAAUAGAGUUCCACUCGGCAAUUCUUAUGUAAGCGAUUAUAGACGAUUUGAUUGAUCAAAUUAAGAUCUGUAAAAUCCGGAAGAAUUGUAAGUGAACGAAGUAUAUUUUGGUAAAUUCAAACCACAGAAAUUAUCACUAAAUGAACCGUAAAGUAAGUUGAAAGCAGAAAAAUAGAGUUUCGGCGUCGCGACAGCGAUGCAUCGGCGAUGCACCAGAAUCUUGAGCGUUCGGGAGGAUCGUCGUGCAGUAUCCAUGGCCUCGAAGGCUCUCUUUGGACAAAGACGACAUGGGCAAUCUCUAGAUCUCCUUGCAAAGUCUAGAGAUCAAUGAAGUGGGUCGUCGAAUCAUCUCCGGCAGCUGUCACCCGACGGAACGGAAAAAUGGCAACUUUGCGGCUCUCCAGCGGCUGUCACCCGACGGAGAUGAGCUGGAUGGAGGUGGGGCGCGUGUCAGGGAGCUUCAUCCUCAGGUCCGCGCAGCAAGAGGAGGCUCUUCAUAGCAUCUGGUACGCUCUCAGGAGGUAGCGACUCAUCUCCUGGCGGAUCGUCUUCUUCCCGACGACGGCUUGUUCGUCGAUCAAUCGGAGAUGAUUUACUCGAUGGAUUCGCGAUCCUUUUAUCGUGAAUCCUUUAGCAAUUUGAGUAACAAUGCUCUACGAAUUGCGUUGACGAGAUUUUUGCCGAUGAUCUAGUGAUUCUAGUUGCUUAAUCCUUCACCGACGAUCUACAAGAAAGUCGCGAUAAUUAGAUAAAAAUAUGAGUUUUGACUCUGGGAGGAUUCGAACCCGUGCCGGUUGCCCCGCCUCUUCUAAGGAAGGUGAUGGGUUUAGUCCCACAUCGGUUGUGCGCCGAAUUUUCGGGCGAAAAUAGAAAUGUUAUAUUUCUAAACAAAGUCCCUUUCUCGCGCGUGUACGACCACUCCUUGCCCCAUAGCCGGCUGGCCACCAGUGACGUGGAAGAGGAGUAGCGCACACGUGCCCCCAUCGGUUCAAGCUGCUCGAGCCCCUGCUCGCGGCUAUUCCUUGACUGCGCUUCCGACCUGCUUGCGAGCCCGGCUGGCCGGCGGGUCCCCCCAAUUUGCAAUAUUUUUAUUUUUAUUUCUUUUUCUUCAUUUAUCUCAAAAGUAAGACUAUAAAAAUCAUAUAAAUUCGUAUAAAAUCACAUAAUUACCCAAAAAAUCACAUUAAUCAACUGAAAACCACUUUUCACACUUUAACACAAAUAUAAGUCUAUUUAUCACGAGUUAAGGCUAAAACUAUAUUAUUUACUAAUUAUUAACUCAUGAUAAUGAAGACUUAUCAAGCCUUUAUAUAGGCUAAAAAGGAGGUGGGGCACUCCUAAAAAGAAGAUCUUGAACAGAUCUUAGUGACAAACUUUGACUAUAUCUAAAAUGACCUAAAAUGGACUCUAAUAGAGUAAGAUCUUAAAUAGAUUAUGGGAUAGACUCUAGAUAGGACUUAAAACACCUUCUUAAAGAAAAGAGACAUAAAGUAGCUUUCUUAAAGAAUUUUUUUGUGUCUUUAUUAGUCCUAACUAGCUAUUGGGCCUUCUUUGAACAUUCUUCUCUUUGUGGUCCAAUUUUAAUGUAUUUAGGCCUCUAGUUUCUUUCCUCUUCACUGUCUAGGUUUUGGGCUAUAUCAAUAAGCCCUUAAGGCUUUUAUUGUACUUCAAAAGGAGGAAAAGACUAGGUAUCUAUAGUCACAACAAGGGGAUGGCUAUUAAUCAUUUUUAGGAAUCUUAUUAGUGCCCUAACUAGUUUUUUCUCUAUUACUUUUUAAGUGCUCUUGAUUUCUCUUGAUGUUUGAUAUGACUUGGUCAUUUUUUAUUAAAUCAUGUAAAUUUAAAAUUUAUAAAAUUAAAAAUAUUAAUUUUUAUAUAUAUUUUAAAAUAUCUUAAAAAAUAUUAAUUAUCAUUUGAUAAAAACUUUAAAAAUAGUGAGGAUGUUUUAGAUCAAUCACAAAGAUGUAAGAUAAUAAAAUUUCAAAAUUAUUUGCAAAGAAUCUGAUUUUAUGUGAUUUUUGGACUAAACAAUUAUAAGAAAAUCCUUUAAAAAUUUAAAGAAAGAAAUUUAAGUACAAUGAUUUGGGUAGAAACAAAGUUCUACCAGAGGAUUAUUGCAUAAAUAAUUACAAUGACUAAUUGAUGAAAUUUAAAUAUGUAAAUUUCAAAUGAAUUACAAUUGACUAAAUAAUAAUUGAGAAACUUAAAUUCAAGUAAACUAUCAUUAAUUUAAGGAUUAAUAGUUUUAAAUAAAAAAAUAAAGUUUUGAUGUCACAACGGUGAUUGUCAAAAUUCUAUGAUUUGAAAAGUUUUUGAAGGAUGCCCAUAGCAUCAAAUCCUCUCCUUAGAUGUGCAUAGUCAUAGACACUCUUUGAAUUCCCAUAUGAAGUCCAUAAGAUGAAGAAUAAUGUUUGUGAAGUGUCUUGGGCAGCUGUCACCCCCCAUAGUGAAAAUACAAUAAUGAUGAACUUUGACGAUUGUCACUUGAUGAAGGUUUGAGCUUGGUGGAGGUAGAGUGUCUCAAAGGGCUUCAUCUUUAGGUUUGCACAACAAGAGGAGGCUCUUUAUUGUAUUUAG